AGCAACACACACACAACAAACCCCGCCCCCUCCCGCCCCGCCCUUCGAGACACGAGCGAACGAACGAACGUUGCUUUACGAAAAAAAAAGGACGGCAGUCAUGGAAAACUCCAACGAGGAGCAAAGAGCAGAGAAAAACGAGGAGGGGGAGUCGGAGACGAAGGAGGAAAAGACUCACAGUAACCUUAAAGCGAUCAACGGGGUGACGGAGGAGGCAGCGAGUGCAGGAGAGCAGCUACAGAACGGAGACCGAGGAGGAGGAGACGGAGAAGGAGGAGGAGGAGGAGGGAUCAUGGGAGCUGAAGGAGGAGGAGACCUGUCCUCCAUCAACGCCAUGAUGUCAGCAGUGAUGUCAGCAGCAGGGACCAUCAACGGCGGAGGAGACGGAGAAGGAGGGAGUGGAGUCACCUCAGCCAACUCCUCCGCCGGACCCUCACCAAGCCCCUCCCCCAGCAAGUCGCUCACUGCAGCGAUGAGAGCCCCUCCUAGCCGCAACGCACGACGCACCCAGGACACCAAAGACGAAAGCUCAGCUUUUAUAUGUCCGCUGUGUGACAAGAACUGUCAAUCACAACACCAGCUCACCAUGCACAUUAGACAGCACAAUGCAGACGCCGGAGCGUCGGAUCACUCCUGCAGCAUCUGUGGGAAGUGCCUGAGCUCGGCCUCGUCGCUGGACAGGCACAUGCUGGUCCACAGCGGGGAGAGACCCUACAAAUGUAACGUCUGUGGACAGACCUUCACCACCAACGGCAACAUGCACAGACACAUGAAGAUCCAUGAAAAGGACCCGGCCAGCGGUCUGCUCCCCGUCAGCCCCCCCUCCCCAACCAAACGUCGCCGUCCGUCUGUCAAGAGGAGGCUGGAGGAGGAGAAUGGAGAGGAGCCGCCGAAUAAGAAGGUGGUGGAGGAUGCGGCGUCAGAGGAAUUGGCAGCUGCAGUUCGAGGAGCCGAGGAGGAGCUGCUGCCCUGUCCAAUCUGCUUCAAGACCUGCAGCUCCAGACUGGAACUGGAUGCACACAUGGACGCACAUCCCGACACUGCAUUAAGGUGCGAUAUCUGCUGCCUAUCUUUCCGAACCCACCGUGGCAUGUUGCGUCACAACGCCGGGGUUCAUAAGCUCCUCCCCCAGGACCCCAGUGGACGCCCCUUCAUCCAGAACAACCCCUCCAUCCCGACCGGCUUCAACGACCUCGCCUUCAUCGACUUCUCCUGCAAGAAGUUCGCUCACAUCGCACAGGUCUGGUGUGAGACAAACCUCCGUCGCUGCAUCAGUAAGUUCCAUCGGUUCGUCUGCGAUUGCUGCGACAAAGCGUUCCCCCUCCACUCUGCGUUGGAGCUCCAUAAAAUCACGUCCCACUCUGAAAAAGCCAACGACGCUGACACGCAGGAGGCCGAGGAUGAAGAGGAAGACGAAGACGAGGACGAGGACGAGGACGUAGCUGACAAAACGAUUGGUCCAGAGAACGAGGAGAAAGAGGUUCUGCAUGCAGAGCAGUCCGGCUUCUUGGAAGGGCUCGGUCUGCAGCACAUCUCUACGGUGAAGUCUGGUCCCACAGACGAUGAGAUUCAUCAGGCUCACCUGGACAGCAUCAAGGUGAUCCACGUGGAGCCUCCCUCCUUUAGCCUCCCCCAGGAGCCGGCCUCCGCCUACCUCUCUGGAGGACUGGGGCUGACUCUGGGACUCGGUGUGGGGGGUCUGGCUGCCCUCAGCAUCCCGCUCCUGGAGGCGUCUGGCUCCGCCUCCACCCUGCAGGGCCUCACCCAGCGCGACGCCCUCAGCCUCCUCUCCCUUCAGCCGUUCCCCACAGGCCUCCUUCUGCAGCCUGAAGGGGGCGCUGCCACCGGGAGCGCAGUCUCAUCUGGCGCUAAACCCGGGGAGGCGGGAGGAGCCGGGAUCAUGGAGCUGGCCGACAUCCAGCAGAUCCUUCAAGUGGCAAGUGCAGCGCCCAAUCAGAUGGGACUGACCCUCCCACCUCUCGCCAAAGCUCCGGGAUUUGCUGGAAGUCAAGGUCUGGUUCAGGGUCAGAAGGCGAUGCCUCCAUUGAAACCCAAACCUCCCAUCACCCCUCGCUCCAGCCUCACAGCCAACACCCCUCCCCCCCUUCAGAGCUCCCAGCAGGCCUCUCUUGGCUGCAUCAGCCCGAGCCUGCCUCCCCCCACCCCCACUCUCUUCAAAACUCCCUCCUCCUCAGCCGGUAACGGAGGGCAGCUGGACGCAGAGUGUAUGGGUGACGCUCACACGCCUCUGUCGGACUCGCCGCCAGCUGUGACCACAGCAGUGCAUGAGGAGGCGGGGCUAAGUGGGAGGAAACCGGGAACCAAAGCUGGAAACAACGCCGGCUCGGCUAAAGGUUCGUUCCCAUGCAGAUUCUGCGACCAGGUGUUCUCCUUCUCCGGCGUCCUGCAGGCUCACAUGCGCUUCCAUCUCGGCAUCCUUCCUCAUCAGUGCAACAUCUGCGACUACGUGGCGCCGGACAAAGCCACGCUGAUCCGACACCUGCGGACACACAGCGGCGAGAGACCAUACGUCUGCCGGGUCUGCCAUUACCCGUUCACUGUCAAGGCUAACUGUGAGCGCCACCUCAGGAAGAAGCAUGCCAAGACCUCGAGGAAGGACAUCGAGAAAAACAUCAAGUAUGUCACUUCCACCACCACGGCCAACAUCGCUGCAGCCAUAACCGCGGUAACAACCACCACCACGGAUACGGAGACUGGCUGCACCGGAGCAGAGACCACCUGCAGGUUCUGCGGCGAGGACCUGAAGAGCUACCGGGCACUGCAGAUCCACCUGCGAACGCACAACGGCUGUCAGAGGAAGCCGUUUGAGUGCCGGCGCUGUGGUGCUGCCUUCCUUGCCAAACGGAACUGCAUCCACCACCUGCUGAAGCAGCACCCCGAGGUGCAGGAGAGAGAGAUCGAGGAUCACAUCGCCACACUCCUGCCUGCCACUCAGUCCGCCUCCGCCGCUGGCCCGGUCCCAGCGGCCGCAGUGGCUAAGUUGUCGCUGAACGGGAUAAGUCCGCCUGCAGUUCAGGCGCUGCAGGCAGUGAAGGUGGAGGACGUGGUUUAUCCUGCUGAACUGGACCAGCCGCUCGACUUCUCUGCCAAAGGUCGCAGCAGCCAAGCGGGGUCUCCUGGAGUCAAACUGGAGAGCGUCUCCCCAACCUUCGACUGCUCUGCCAUCGACCAGCCCAUCGAUCUGUCCAUCCCCAGCAAGAGGCAGCGGAGAGAGGCGGCAGGCGUAGAGAGGAGGGAGAUAAAGAUGGAGCAGGGCGGCAACAGCAUCGAGCAGCCGAUUCUUUCAAAGGAGGAGAAAACUGGAAUCGCUCUGCCUCCUCUCCACCCUCACCCCCAGCUUGGCUGCUACCAGCUCCCCCCUGGAUCCACCCCUCCCCCGGCCUCCCUCCCCAACAUCAGCAACUCCACCCGAGCUCAGCGCCUCAAACCUUUGCUCCCCAAACCAAGCUCCUCCACCACCACCACCACCUCCUCUCCCUCCUCCACCACCCACAAGGAGCUGCCUCCUCUGGCUUCAAUCGCUCAGAUCAUCCACUCCGUCUCUGGAGUUCCGGACCUGCUGAAGAGAGAGGAUGGGAAGCCACAGGGUGGAGUCUCUUCUCAGGGUGAAUCUGCUGCAGCUGCACCCGGAGCCUCCGCUGCUCCUGAGACACAAAGUGAAGACACAACAGAAGGAUCCAGCAGAAAGCGAAGCAGGAAGAAGCCGGCCGCCCUGUCAGUGAAGGAGAAAGCUGCUGUGAGUAGCAGCGGCAUAGACCUGGAGUCCAGCGGGGAGUUCGCCAGCGUGGAGAAAAUGCUCGCCACCACGGACGCCAACAAGUUCAGCACGUACCUGCAGACUGGAGCUGCCGACCUCGGAGCAAAGAGAGACGUGGACAAAUCAGGAGGAGCAGAGGAGAAGGAGGAGGGGAAGCCUGUGGCUGCGGUGGGGCCGCAGUCGAAAGGGAAGAAGAACGCCUACUCCAACUCUGUGCAGAAGAUGACAUGUCCCUUCUGCCCCCGAGUGUUCCCCUGGGCCAGCUCGCUGCAGAGACACAUGCUGACACACACAGGCCAAAAACCUUUCCCCUGUCCGAAGUGCGACGCCUUCUUCUCCACCAAAUCAAACUGUGAGCGCCAUCUGCUGAGGAAACACGGCGUCACGCACCGAACGCUGCGACGCAACGGCUCACUCAGCAAGAAGGACGGAGAGGACGGUUCGCAGGACAGCGCAGAGAGUCAGUCAGAGAACGAGCAGCUCACACCAGAUGCACAAAACCACGGCAACACCACCCCCUCUUCAGAAUUAAGCCCCGCCCCCACAGCGGAGAGUCCCUCUUCAUCUGAGCAAGAAAGGGAGGGACCCACAACGCCUAGCCCCAGCCACAAAUCAAGUCAAGGUGGCAGUCCAGCUUCCAUUGUUGCAGAGCAGCAGGAACCAAACACCACAGAUCAGACAGACCAGCAGGGGGCGCCAGAGACCAGAGCAGGAAAACAGCCUCAACAGAGCAACAGCACCAAGGUGGAGAGUACAGAUGAUGACGACUGCCACAGCAACAAAAGUUUGGACCUGAACUUCGGCAAAAAGCUCAUCGACUUCAAGCUCUCAACAUCGCCAGAUGCAGCUCAGGAAGAACAACCCCCCCAGCCUGCAUCCUCUUCCUCCUCAUCCUCCUCUACCUCUGCUCCUCCAGCAGCAUCAGACAACCAAGAGAAGGAGAAAAGCUCUGCAGCCUCCUCCUCCCCUCCUCCCUCCUCCUCCUCCUCCAGCAGCCCCGCUGUGAAGCAGCAGCAGGAGUACAAACACGUAUGCCGAGUCUGCAACAAGAGCUUCCGAUACGCCACCACCCUCGCACGCCACGAGAGGGCGCACCUCUCUGAGGAGACGCCAACUCCUGCACCAGUAGAAGUGACCUCGCAGGAGACAGAAGAGGCGACGGAGAGCACUGUUGCAAAACCAACAGAAGACAAAGAGGAGGAGAAAGAGGAGGAGCAGAAGGAGACGGAGAUGGAGGAGGAGGAAGGAGGAGUGAUGAGGGGAGGAAAGAGUGAGGGAGGAGAGAGCGGGGAGUCCGAGGAGGAGAAGGAGGAGAGGAGCGAAGAAGAGGCGUCGGAACCAAAGAGUUUAGAGGGAGGCAGAGUUGACAAGAGGAAGAAGAUUUGUAAAGUCUGCGACAAAAGAUUCUGGUCUCUGCAGGACCUGACCCGACACACUCGCUCACACACAGGUGAGCGGCCGUACCAGUGUCAAACCUGCGAGAGGACUUUCACCUUGAAGCACAGCCUCGUUCGCCACCAAAGGAUCCACCUGAAGCCCCGCGGAGCCGAUGGAGUCGAUGGAGCCUCUGUCGGGAACGACGACGCCAGUGAGGAUGGAGACUCCUGCGGCCCGACGCCAACCUCCACCUGCCCGCCCUCGGAGAACGAGAGCGAGUGUGGGAGCGGCCCCAUAGGGGCCAAGGAGUUGGAUGAGGAGGAGGAUGUGAAAGAGGAGGUUGAGGAGGGAGGGGAAUCAGCGGUGGCGGAGGAAGAAAAUUCUGUGAAAAAAGUAGAGUCUGCUGCCGAUCCAGAGCCGCCAACAACCAAUACUUCUCCUGAAGAAAAAUCUAAACUUCCUGAAGAAUUGGCGACGCAAAAACCCUCGGAAGACUCGACUCCCAAACAACAAGCUACUGACACAAAGACAAGUGACGAAUCCUCAGCCAGCGACCUAAAAUCAACGCCUGAAUCAAACACCUCCAAAGACCCCUCACCCUCUUCCUCCAUGUCUCCUGAGGAGUCGGCCCCUGCAGACGGAUUAAUCCAGGGGCUGCUGGAGAUCCACGCCAAGCCCGCGCUGGAGCACAUCCUGCCCAACGGAGAGCCUCCUCUGGUGGGGGCAGACUGAGGGGAAACUCCCCCGGCUUUCACCCCAGUGCCAUACGACGGAAAAGACGCUACAACAUUUAUAAUGAUGAAGAUGAUGCAAAAACCAGCCCAGAAACUUUUUUGAUAGAAAGAAAGAGGAAACCCUCGUUUUCUUGAAGUGCCUUACUACUAGUCCUACUUCUAAGAGAUGUUUUUUGCUAAAUCUUUAUCUGCAUUAUUACGGAGGAUGGAUCUAAUUUUUAUAGCUUUUUAUGAUGACAAUGAUUUGCAUUGAUAUAUUUUUUGUGCGGGGAAUCUAAAUUUCAGCAAUAAAAGAAUAAAGUUAUGAUUUAUUAUUGUCUAGAUUCUGUUUGAGAAUUAAUGAUCAACUUAAGAGAUGCAGAAGACAGACAAAGACUGAGACAGACUGUCUGAAUUUGUGUUUAUUCUGUAUUUAAAUCGCGGCUGAGACUGAACAUGAUAUGAACCAGUUGGAUUUGAGAACGAAAUAAGCCAGGGUGAGGAACUUUACAUUUUUUUUUUCCAAUGCUCACAUCGGCUAUUUCAUUUUUUUGUUUUCAUAAAUUCAAAUUGGGAGUUGGAGGCUGCCAAUGUGGCUCGUCGGCCCGAUUUCACCAGCAAAAGAUGACUUCCACUGAUGGCUAACUGUCGCAUAAAUCUGUGUGACAAAGGAAGCUUUUUGUAACUGGAAAAUAAAACACCGAAUGACUUCGUCCUUAUGGCUUGCUUCUGCAAUAAUCCUCGUCUAUCAGCUGGCUCAGAAAACACACAAAAACAUUCACAAACUUGUCAAAGUCGCAGCAGAGCUCUGUCUGAAAAAGAACUCUUUAAAGGGCAGAUAAAGUGUUGAUCAGUUUGUGCUCUCCAUGUUUUUUUUAAACCCAUCACACUAUUGAUCCCUUUAUCCCUCAAAGCCUCCCUGUGAGUUUGUGUGUUAAUAAUUUGUCAUUCAUAAUCAUUCUCAGUUGAUUCCAUGUGUGUACAGAGAGUUGAACAUGUGGCACGUGGUGUUAGAGUAUUUUCCUUUUUUUUUUUUUUGCGUGUGUGCGGAUUAUCAGUGAAAUAUAGGUGUAGGGAGGGGAAUUCUUGUGUUUUUGUGGAUUUUUUUUUUUUUAUAACUGAACAAAUCAAAAUGUCUGGCUUUGUGUGCGAUUGUAUGUGAAAUCCACCUAUCUCUCAUCGUCGUCCCCUUGUGUUCAUUUAGGGUUUAUUACAGGGCCUCUAGUAUGCUAACAUAUUUCACCUCUAACACUUGAUCCAGGUUCAGUUUACCUCAACUUCCGCUUUAACUGCAACCGCUUAUACGAUAUAUGAGCAGCUCUAUAGGCUACCCUUUAAAUCCUAUGUCUUCCUAAACGUGGCAAGCAAGGCUAAUUCUUUGCUACCCUUGUUUCCACUGUGGACAAAGUCGGAGCUAACCAGGACUAACUCACCAGCGAGACUUUAAACACAGCUACCCAAGCUUACCAUAUCACAUGCUAACUUAGCUUGCACAAAAAAGUUAAUUACAUUUAAACAGAAAUAGCAAGGGAAAGGUCAUCAAUAGCCUUAUUUGCAUAACGAGCCUUCACAGAACACAGAACAACCAGCACUUACUGUACAAGCUUUAUCUUGGCAACGUCCCAUAAAAGGGCUACCACUAGCUAGCUGUACUUAAUUUUAGCCUGUGUUAGCUGAACAGAUAUCAAACAAGUCCUAGCUGACCCACCCAGAGAGGUUAGCCUUAGCUUCACAGAGUAGGCCUUAUUCAGCCAUUACUCGUCUUAAACACUCAAUUAGAGCAACCUGUAACCAGACCACACAAGUCUGCCAAGCUAAUGGUAGAUUAGCACAAACUAGUUAGGUUUACUCAGUUAGCUAUAGCGUUAACAAAAAACCUGAGCUUGGCAGAGUGGGUCCUUUAUACCAUACAGCAGCUAAGUAGCGCAAACUCACCAGAACUAGCUAGGUAUAACUAUUAGCCUGAGCUUUGCUUAAUGUGCUGCAUGGUGAAACACAUGCUAGCUAGGGCUAACUAGUUGAGUAAAACCAACACAUCUCUAAGCUUUUAAAAAAGCGUACUUGGCUAAUGGCACGUGUAGCUCAUCUCCUUCAGUAUUAUUUCGGUAUCUUGAGUUGGUCCUGGACAGCUGUAGUGCGUUUUUCUGGCUCAUGUCUCUAACAUGAACAUUUAGUCUAUGUGAAGACAUUUUUUAACAGCUGAACUUAAACUUAAAAGUCUGUGUUGAUUUAUCUUCAUGGAGGUUAAUAGAUACUCAAAGACCCGUGGUCAUAAAUUUGGCGGUUGAGACAAUCAUUUGUAGUUAUCAAUUAAAAACAAAUUGAAACUGAUACUAAACCCUUCAUUUGCAUCUUUGUGGUUUCCAGAAAGAGCUUAACAACAGGUUGAAAAGAGUGAAUGAACUGAUGAAUGAAUGGAAGAACAGAUGGAUGGAUGGAUGAGGGGGUUGAGAGUGAAUGGUAUUACCCUACUGCACAAACAGACACAAGUAAAAGGGCUAAUUCCACCCCCUCGUACCAACCAAACCGGACAUUUCCACAACAGUUAAGGGUGGCUAAGUGCGCAUGAGUAUUUUCUUUUUGUGUGAAGUUGAAAAUAGCUCUCUUUUCUUCUUGUAUGUUUUUCGUCUCUUUGUUUAUUUUUUUUAUAUCAAGCAACCUCAAAACGAAUCGAACCUCAGCGGCUCAUAACAGAACUGUAAGGCAACGACAGUCAGUCAUCUGGCCUGUCAAAAAGCGAGUGAUAUUGAACAACUGGACUGACUGUGUGACUGACUGGACGCUGCUGUGAACUGGCACUAACAAUUUCCAAAACUACUACUACUAGUACUACUACAGUGGAAUAUCGCAACACAAUCAGGAGAGAAAGAGAGAGAGAGUUUUUCAUUCCCAGGGUAUUCAAAACCUAAACCUAGCUUAUUCUCUUAUAUUUCUUAAAAAGUUUGCUGUCCAAUAUUUGUCUUUGGUGAAUACUGUGUUCUUCGCCAAGUCAAACACAAUGGGAAAAGCAAUGGUGUGGCAGAAUAUUUAAUUCUUAGAUCCUUUAUUUGAAGAUUAGAAACAAAAGAAAUGAAAAGGCUGAAACUAGUUUUGGGUUGCUCUUGGUUUUUGGAUAAUGUAACAAUAAUUUUGUACAUAUUUUCAUAACAUCUUCGGCCCAUUGAUCAGUGUUUUGUUUGAAUGUAUAUUUGAGGGAAUCGACUAAUAAAAAACAAUGUUUUCAAAUCAAAUUAUUUUUGAUUGAUUGAUCUGAAAUUGGAAUUUGAACAACAUGAAUUUAAAUUUAGUUGGAAUUUAAGAUUUACCGUUUUUAUUAUGCCACAUUUAUGAAGGAACUCUCUCUUUCUUUUUCUCCACUGUUUUAUGUUUUGUUGGCUCUAUCUGUACAUCCCUAUCCCUCGGGAAUGUGUGUUAAUGUUCUCUUAAGUGUGUGUGUGUGUGUUGUGUGUGUGUGUGUGUGUUUGCACGGCCAUAUGAAUACUGGACUUCCAUUGGAAUGCACAUGGACUGUUUUUAAAUGUAUUUAAAACCUGGAGCCCAGGUGCGUGUUUGUGUGUUCGGGUGCAAGUUAGUUUCUACAAUGACUUGAGAAGAAGCCAUGUAUUAAGAAUAUCACAAUAAUGCUGCAGAACUGUUUUGAGGAACUGAUGGUUUGUGUUAUGGACUAACCGGCUUGCUGUAGGCCGGGAUGUGAAACGUACUAGCAAUAAGAAUCCCUCUGAAUCCAAAAAGCUUUAUGUAGAUCUCCUGUAUAUGAGUUGAGAACACUUUGUGUGGGUGUCUUGGGUCUGUUGUUUAUUUUUAGUUUGGCUGACAUGAUUUUUGUUGUGUUUAUUUUUUCUUUAUGACAUUUAAAUGUGUAUAAAACUGUGAAAAUCCAUUGUGUUCAGUUAAAGGGUGAGUUUUAGGUUAGUUUUUUUUGCAUGUUAAUCUAAUUUGUUCAAUUAUGGAUGAUUUCUCCUUUUUCAUCUCCUCUCGCUCUACACAUACAUAUAAAUAUAUAUAAAUAUAAAAUUAUAUAUAAUCUCGCUCUCAGGGUCUUUCACAAAUCCAUUAUCCGAAAUGCUUCAUGUUCUUAUUUCCUGAGUUGCAACUUGUCUUUCCAACUCCUGAUCAUUUUGUCUUUUUUUAAUAAUGAUUCAGAACUGUCAAUCACUACAUUUAGCACUUGACUGUGAACUCGUCAUCACCUAACAGAUAAAAGAUGUCGUUUGAUUUUUGGCGUUUCAAAACCAGAACAUUUAGACAUUUUUGUGUCAUUUUUCCCCCUCUCACUCAGACUUUUCUGUCAGACCUUAAAAGCCUUUUUUUUCUGUGUCCUGUUUUGGGUUAACUCUCUGUCCCGGUCAGAGUUUAAAGGGAACAUCAGAGAGGACGUACACAAACAUACACAGAUGCUGGACUUCAAUCAGAAAGCAUUAACACAUGAUCCCGUGGAAAACUUGUAUUUUCUGUGGUUGUGUUUUCAUCCUUCUAUCCCUCCCUCGUCUGUCCUCUCUCCUCCUGCUGUUAGUAAGACAUGAGAGUGUUUCACAAAGUCAAGAGAUGUAAACAUGUUCUGUAUUCAACCCAAUAAGAAACCGCAAUAAAGAUUAUAUUAAGGAAAGGUGUGUGAAUCUAA